AGUGUGGACUCCUACAGGAAACAUGUUGGGGUGUGGAUAGAAAACGUCGCCAUGAGAGUUCCCAACGCUGUGGUCCUGGUGGUGGGAACUCAUCUGGACAAGAUCGGACAAGAAGUCGCCGACAAAAAGCUGAAAGACAUCCUGAGAAGGAUAGGGGAGGGUGAGGAUGAGAGACUGAGGAACAUCAGCCUCAGGAUUGCAGAGCUGGAGGAGAAGGAGGAGGGAGGAGUCCUGACCCUGGCAGAGGCAGAAACCCAGCUGGAACCACUCAGGAACAAAGCUCAUGUCAAACUCAGGAUCUGGCCGGUGGGCAUCUCCCUGAGUUCCGGUGAGGGUCUGUUGGGGUUUGGCAGGUUGAGGGAAGAGUUGAUGGAGAUUGUCACAGGCCAGGACUAUUUUGCUCAGGUUGGCAGGACGAUUCCACGUGCCUGGAAAGAAGUGGAAAACCUCCUGAUGGAUUACAAGGGUCGUGGUGACAACUCUGUCUUCAAGCAUGGUGACAUGAAGCUGUCGGAUGCAGUUGAGCGGAUCUUGAGAGAGACGGAGGUGCGGAGCCGAGAGGAUGCAGAGGAGAUUCUCCGCUACCUGCACGGCCUCGGGGUCAUCAUCUGGUACCACGAGAUCGACUGUCUCAAGGACCGCAUCUUUGUGGACAUCUUUAAGGUAUUGGGUCCACCCCCUUGGAUGCUGGAUAAGUCCAUGCCUGUCUGCUCUACUUCAGCCUCGAAAGAAUCACUUAAUGGGCAACUUAAAGGUUGGACAGACUGGAAUGGGACACUGGCCACACUAACAGUGGAGCAUCUCCAGGGCUUCAAAGACAAGAAAACAGUCCACCUUCACCCUGAGACAACAGCAAUCAUUGGCCCAAACUCAUCAGGAAAGACAACGUUGAUUAGGGCUUGGCUGCUAUUUGCAACACUGUCGUAUGAAACGUCCUCCAGAUCAUCAGGCACACAAGGAAGGCCUACAUCUGAGAGAGAUGAGCAUAAGCUGAUUUCAAAUUCUACAAUCACUGAUAUUUUUGCGCUAGCAGAUAUCAGAGAUUUCUGGUACAGAAGAAACACAAAGAAACCUGUAAAAAUCAGUGGUAUAGAUACAGACGAGAAUGAGCUUCAUUUUAUAAUCAAUUAUGUAACAGGAGGUACUCUUGUUAGAGUUGACAAAACCACAUCUGUGAAAUCAUUCUCACAUUCUCACAUUGGAUAUUCUCACAGACCAGUGUUGGCAGUGAUGAAUAAUGUUAAGAGUGAUGCCUACAAACCGCAAGUCCCUGUGAAAGUUCCAGUGCCUUCAUUUCCAGUGGUAAGAUUGGAUCAUACUCUGGUAUUCAGCAUGUUGUGUGAGUUGCAGAAGGACAAGACAUACUGGAAGUGGCUUACAGCUAUGCUAGAAAGUGUUCAGCCAGGUUGUGCAAUCAGAGUCAUAAAUGGUAUAGGAUGCAUUGGUGAAAAGGUCAUUAUGGUUCGAGAGAGAUUUGUUGACAUUCCACUACAGACCUGUGAUUCAGGUUUACUGCAGAUUAUUGCAGUCCUUGUGUUUGUGUUGCACUCAUUGAAAUCUUUUUCUCAGCACAAACCAUUCAGCUUUGACUUUAACAGACCCAUUGCAACAGUUCUCCUAGAUGAUAUUGCUGGUUUUCUUGGAAGUGACAUUUUUGGAAAACUUUCUAAAUGUCUGACAAGUAGAAUCAAUUGCCUGAUAGCGAUAUCUACCUUAUGGGAUGAGGUUGCAAAUGAAUGUGAAAGAAAGAUUUCAUUACAGAGUCCUAGCAGCAGAUCUCAUCCAGUAGAGGAUUUAAUGAUGGUGAGUAUUUAUGGUGCAGGUACUGCACACCCUGAAAGGGCUAGGUCUCUUGCCUUGGAGGACCUUGGUAAUCACAAGGCUGUCAGCUAUUAUGAACAGUCACUACAAAAGAGGAAGAGCAUGCAUGGUGAGGACAUUGAACAUCCUGAGAUCACCAAUUUGGAGGCAAUUCAUGGUAAUGCCAGGAGUGACCUUGGUGAUCACAUGAAGGCCGUCAGCUAUUAUGAACAGGCACUAGAGAUGAAGUUGAGUAUCCAUGGUGAGGACACUGAGCAUCCUGACAUCGCCAAGUCACUUCACAACUUGGGUGCCACCUGGAGUGACCGUGGUGAUCACAGAAAGGCCAUCAGCUAUUUUGAACAGGCACUACAGAUGAUGCGGAGUAUCCAUGGUGAGGACACUAAACAUCCUGACAUCGCCAUGUUACUUAACAACUUGGGCACCACCUGGAGUGAGCUAGGUGAUCACAGAAAGGCUGUCAGCUAUUAUGAACAGUCACUACAGAUGAUGAGGAGUUUCCACGGUGAGGACACUGAACAUCCUGACAUCGCUGCGUCACUUAACAACUUGGGUGUUGCCUGUAGGGAACGUGGUGAUUACAGAAAGGCCGUCAGCUAUUACGAACAGGCACUACAGAUGAGGCGGAGUAUCCACGGUGAGGACACUGAACAUCCUGACAUCGCCGCGUCACUUAACAACUUGGGUAACGCCUGGGUUCACCUUGGUGAUUACAGAAAGGCCGCCAGCUAUCAUGAACAGUCACUACAGAUGAGGCUAAGUAUCCAUGGUGAGGACACUGAACAUCCUCACAUCGCUGCAUCACUUCACAACUUGGGCACCACCUGGAGUGAGCUUGGUGAUUACAGAAAGGCCAUCAGCUAUUUUGAACAGACACUACAGAUGAGGCGGAGUAUCCAUGGUGAGGACACUGAACAUCCUGACAUCGCCAUGUUACUUAACAACUUGGGCGCUGCCUGGAGGAACCUAGGUGAUCACAGAAAGGCCGUCAGCUAUCAUGAACAGUCACUACAGAUAAGGCGGAGUAUCCAUGGUGAGGACACUGAACAUCCUGACAUCGCCGAGUCACUUAACAACUUGGGUAACGCCUGGAGUGGCCUUGGUGAUCAUAGAAAAGCCGUCAGCUAUCAUGAACAGUCACUACAGAUGAUGAGGAGAAUCCAUGGUGAGGACACUGAACAUCCUGACAUCGCCGCAUCACUUAACAACUUGGGUAGCGCCUGGAGUGACCUUGGUGAUUACAUAAAGGCCGUCAGCUAUUUUGAACAGUCACUACAGAUGAUGAGGAGUUUCCAUGGUGAGGACACUGAACAUCCUGACAUCGCUGCGUCACUUAACAACUUGGGUAACGCCUGGAGUGGCCUUGGUGAUCAUAGAAAAGCCGUCAGCUAUCUUGAACAGGCACUACAGAUGAGGCGGAGAAUCCAUGUUGAGGACACUGAACAUCCUGCAAUUGUCUUAUCACUUCACAACUUGGUUGCUGCCAACAUCCAUCUUGGUGAUCACAGGAAGGCUCUCAGCUAUCAGAAACAGGCACUACAAAUGAUGCUGCACAAAAUGAACAGCCUGGGUCCUGUGACUCCUGUCAUUACCAAAAUUGAGACGGGAUGA